AUGCCAUUCAACGGAUACACGGUUGGCUGUCACCUGCUAGACCGCCUUGUGGAGGCGGGGUGUGACGACCUCUUCGGCGUCCCGGGCGACUUUAAUCUGCGCUUCCUCGACGAUGUCAUGGCUCACCCACGCAUGAGAUGGGUUGGCAUGGCCAACGAGCUGAACGCAGCCUACGCAGCUGACGGCUACGCGCGUCAGCGGGGUCUGGGUGCCGUCACCACGACCUACGGCGUCGGCGAGCUCUCCGCGCUGAACGGAAUCGCUGGCAGUUUUUCGGAGAGCGUGCCGGUCAUUCACAUUGCCGGAGCCACCUCCACGAAGAGCCAAGGAAACCGCGAACUGGUGCAUCAUUCACUCGGCGACGGCGACCACAUGCACUUCCUGCGCAUCAGCGCCGAGGUUUGCUGCAUUGCGGUGAUGCUGACACCGGAGAACUGUCUGACGGAGAUCGACCGGGUCAUAACGGAGGUGCUUUACCAAAAGAAGCCGGGUUACAUUGCCUUGCCGAUGAAUGUGGCGGAGAUGAUAGUGUCGCCGCCGAUGGCGAAGCUGAUGCGUCGUCUGCCGGAGGUAUCCCUUGAAGCGGUGAGCGCAUUCAAGCACACGGUAGCGUCGCGCCUGCACAGCGCUCGCAACCCGGCGGUGCUGACGGGGCACUUGAUCCACCGCCACCAGUGCGGCCCGCAGGUGAACCACUUCCUCGAGAACAUCCACAUCCCGUACGCCCCCGCCGUCCUCGGCAAGGGCGCCGUAAAUGAGCACCUGGAGAACUAUGUCGGCACCUACAUUGCCGGCGAUGACCCGUGCCCUGCGAAGUCGGUCAUUGAAAGUGCCGACGUGUGCAUCGCGAUUGGCGUCCAGUUUGUCGACACCGUCACCGCGGUCUUCCGCCACAAGAUAGACCCUCUCAAACUGAUCGACAUCCAGCCCUUUUUCGCCAAGGUGGGGGAUCAGGUAUUCUACCAGGUACCAAUGGAGAUGGCCGUGAAAGCGGUGGAGGAAGCCGCGAUGGAAUGCCACGCGAACUGGAGCACCGAGUACCCGGAGCCGGAGGGACUACGCUACCCGGAAAGCGCUGAAACCUUCGACCUCUGCCAUGUAUGGCAAGAGAUUAAUAACGGCCUGCGGCCCAACGAUGUUCUCCUGGUGGAUCUCGGCACGUCCUCCUUUACGUCCGCGUUGCUUCGCUUGCCGCAGGGUUGCGACAUGCUUUGCCAGCAGAUGUGGGCCUCUAUCGGCUACACCCUCCCCGCCGCCAUUGGAGCGCAGAUCGCGGACGAAAGUCGCAACGUCGUGUGCAUCUUGGGCGAUGGUGCCGCGCAAAUGACGGUGCAGGAGAUCGGCUCGGCUGCGCGCUACAAGCUCAAACCUAAAUAUAUCCUUAUCAACAACGACGGCUACACCAUCGAGCGCUACAUCCGCGGCUGGGACUCGUCGUACAACGACAUCUCCGUGUGGAACUGGACAGGCUUGGCAUGCAACUUCUGCAAGGGCGUUGAGCCGCGCACGCACGUCGUGAACUCCGUCGGAGGUGUGGAAGCGGCGCUGCGCGAGAAGCGGGACAACAUGGUGUUUGUUGAAGUGCUUGUCGGUAAAUAUGAGGGCCCUCUGCGCUCUUCAGUGCCGCUUCCAGGCAAGCCAGCAAGCAAGUAA